UUCCGGCUGUCUCCGCCCGUUGCGACUCUUGCAAGCUUGCUGUCCCGUCUUUUGGUUCGCCCGUCUCAACGUCCCACAACCUCACCAUUACUGUCCCAUCAUCCCUUCCACUUCUGCUGUUUGGAGACGAUGCUAUAGUGGACAUUCUGGCUUUAUCCCCAUCUUGCCAGUAACCUCAGACGAACAUGUGAUGAUGCGUGGUCCAACAGGCAGGUGCACGACACCGUUCACCUUGCCAGCAUGAACUCGCAUCGUCUAGUUUUUGUGGUUGCUGCGACCUCUUCUAUCUUAAUAGACAUUGUCGGCGGUCGGGGCAACAAGUCCAACAACAGUGGACUAUGUAUGCGCGAGAAGUCUGGCGAGAACUUCGCAUUGGAACGGGUUAUCUGGCGAUUGCUGUCCUUACUCAUAGGACAACCGCAGGACUACGUGUGCCGACAUUCUUGGAGAUUUGUAGGAGAUCCUUGCCAGGAUCCUCUAGUCAACCAAUGCUCAACAUCGCCUGGUAGAUCGGCCCGAAGUAUUACUCAUGAAAGCCACCGACUUCAACGCGAAUUCACGGAGAUACACUCCAAUCACCGACGGGUGGUCGAUGUGAUCUGUGCCGGUCUUCUUUCGGAAAGCUCUCGCAGACUACUCGAUCUCCGCAUGUUUCCCGUUCGUCGGCGCGCACGUUUGAGCGAGAGCAGUUGGAGGCACUGGAAAAGCAUCUUGUUGCGUGGAAGGCGGGCCUAGCGAGUGUGCUGGAGGUUGUUAUUAGUGCACAAAAGCGCGGUAACGGUUCGACUGUGGGUGAAGUCGUGCAGCAGGUCACCCAGACAGGUGGCAGCGUUCAGAU